AUGAAUGCCCAGCUGAAUCUGAACCUCGGGCAGCAAGACUGGCGCGCGUCGCUGCCGAUUGAAAUGCGACGGACGAUAGUUAUCCAGCUGCACGCGACACUGACAGGACUUCCCGCGGCGCAGCAGACCAGCGCGCUCCAGGUUCUGCAGCAGCUCGAGAGCCAGCUGUACAACAGCGCGACGUCGCGCGAAGAGUACCUGCGCUCGCUGCAAAUUCAAGUGGCAACUUUGAAGCAGCGGCUAUCGGCAGUAGCCGGGCAGCAGCCGCAACGACCAGCACUGGGCAAUGUGCCUCAGUUUGAUGCAAACAGGCUCAAGGCCAUCGUGCUUCAGCCCGAGGCGCACUCGACCGAUGUGAUCCGGCUGGCGGCACAGCAUAUUCAGGCGCAGAUGGCGCGGCCGAAUAUGAAUGCGACCGACGUGCAGACGUAUAACAGCAUUCUGCAGAAACUGGUGCAUGUGAUUCAGCUGCGACUUCAGCAGCCGUCAGCUGUGGGCACACCACAGCAGACACCGCAGGCACAGCCGAUGCGGCCGGCACAGCAGGUAGUGACUCCGCGGCCGGCAGUGCGGCCCAAUGUGUCAGGGGCAGGUGGAUUCCAAAACCUGGCCAACAUUCAACAGCUCCAGCAGCUCCAGCAACUGCAGCAACUGCAGAUGCAGAUGCAGCUUCCACAGAACCAGCAGUUAUUGGCCGCGCAACAGCUGGCAAUUCAGAACCAGCAGCGGCCCCAGCAGCAGCAGCCCCAGCAGCCCCAGCAGCCUCAGCAGCCCCAGCCCCAGCAGCAACCCCAGCAGCAGCCGCAGGGGGCACCGAGCGCCGAGAUGCUGCAGCAGUGGCGGCAGGCGUUUGACACGACAACUGUGCCGUUUACGUACCGUGAUCAGCAGGUCAACCUGAAUCUGUUCACCGCACGCGUGCUGAUGUCGCAGCUGGAACAGGCCGGCGAUAUUGCCACAACCAACGAGCUGCGCCAGGUAUGUAUGCGGAUUAUCUCGGGCGCACAGCAGGUGGUGGGCAAGGCGAUUGACUCGGAGACCCUGCAUGCGGUUGUGAGAGCACAGCAGCAGCAACAGCAGCAGCAACAGCAGUUACAGCAACAGCAACAGCACCAACAGCAACAGCACCAAACACCAGCAGCAGCAGCAACAGCAGCACCAGCACCAGCAAGGAGUGCCGGUGGUGCCCAGACGAAGAAGCUGACGGGGGGCAAGGGCAGCAAGAAGCGGGCGUCGCAGUCGCCGCUGACAGUGGCCCGCCCGGCGCAGAAACCGGCGACGCCGCCGAACGCCGACGCCUCACGUGAUGCCCCUGCCAUGCCGCGCAAGGAGUCAGUGUCGGCCGACCUGGCAAUCGCACAGGUGGAGAAGGUGCGGCAACAAAUCAACCAGCACAAGGUAGAGCGGCUGCAACCCCGGGUGCUGUCGGAGGAAGCCAAGGCGGCGGUGCGGGAGGCACUGCCGGCGAUCGAGCAGCUGGUGACGCCGCUGGUAUCGUCGCUGCCGACGCUGUUCAUGGCCAUGCGCAACGAGACCCACAUCGGGCAGAUCCUAACAAUCGAAAUGAUGGUGACGGAGCAGAAGCGGUUGAUACCCGAGGACCUGUAUCUGGUGACACCCGAGCAGCUGAAGGACUGCCACACGGUACUGGUGCGGUCGCUGUCGAUCAUCAAGGAGUGGGCAAACAGCCUGAAGGAGACCAUGAAGCUGCAUGACGCCGGACCGCCGCAGCAGACCCCCAUGACCAAUAUGCACCCGGGAGCGGUCACGGCCGAUCCGGCGCUGGAGCCGUUCCAGCGGGCCGUCAAGCACCCGCUGGAUCCAGCCAACCUGAAGCUGCCAGCCGCAAAGAAGCGAGCCACAGGCAAGGGCUCCGCUGACACACCGCAGCCACAGCUGCCCGCCGCCAGCCAGGAGCCGCAGCACAUGGCUCCGGUGGGACCGGUGCUGCCGCCGGGCAUGACACAGGAGCAGUUUAUGCGGCUGCCGCAGGACCUGCGUGUGAGCAUUCUGCAGCAGCAGCAGGCGGCCAUGAUCCGCCAGAACUCAACAGCGCUGCCCGGGUCUGCGGGAGCAGCGGCCACGGCACCGGCGCCGACCGAUGGCAACGCGGCCACAGGGACGCCUCUGUGGGCGGCGCUGCAGGGCAUUAGCGGAGCCACGCAAGACGACGAGGACCUGGACCGGCUGAAGCGCCUGGAGCAGGACAAGUGGAACAGCCCGCUCGAGUACCUGGUGGGGUGCUGGACCGGUUCACCAAGGGCGCCGAGAGGGCAGGCGUGGAGCCGGCGCCGAUUCUGCAGCAGGCGUUCUGGCCCAUCGCGCGCAAGUCCAUGGCCAGCGGGUGGGAGUGGUGGCUGCUGAUGCGGUGCUGUAGACACUUUUUUCUUUCUUUGCUGGUUGACAAGGAACUAGCGUUCGACGGACACUUGGACUAUGACAUCUUAUACAGAGGUAAAGAAAAGAUAGUAAAGAAGUGCGAAAGCUCUGAUAUUGGCUUACGCGU